AUGUCGGCUAUUCAACUUUCCUUCUCUCUUCGCGUCUCCUCGGGCGUCAAGACUGUGCACCUUCUCGGCUCAUGGGACAACUACGUUGGUCAGCUCCCUCUGUCCAAGGACAAGUCUAGUUCCAAAUCCGGAUCCUGGAAGGGAACCUUUCGGUUCCAAAACUCAACCCUGGAGCCUGGCCAGCGAUAUUGGUACUACUACAUUGUCGACGGCUACCACGUCGCCCACAACCCCAGUGUCAGCUCGACGGUCGAGCCCACCACCGGCCGUGAACUCAACAUUCUCGACGUGCCGUCAGACAAGUCGUCUUCCCGUCACCACAAGUCGUCGUCUUCCAAGGAGCACAAGUCGUCGUCGUCCAAGGAGCACAAGUCGUCGUCCAAGCCGAGCAGCAAGAGCUCAUCGCGCCAACAUUCCUCCAAGGAUGCCCACAAGUCCUCACGCAGCAGCCGGGCGUCCUUGUCGGUCGACAUCCCCAAGGGACGCCCCCUCUCCGUGUCGCAGAUUCAGGCUCCCAAGCCCGUGUCCCCCUACGCCACCAAGCACAUCCUCAACUCGGACUACUACGGCAACCAACAGAUUGAGGAGCUCACGGCCCGGUUCGGCAGCGCCGGCAUCGACGACGACGACGACUACGUCACGACCAACUUUAGCACGUCCCCCGUGUCUUCCAGCGGCUCUUCGUUGUCGUACCGCUCCGACAGCUCCUCGCCCAACUCGUCGCUCUCCGGCUACAGCACGCCCAGCUCCGACUGCAGCUCCUGCACGUGCGAGCGCUACGGAAUCACCCGCAGGGGGGAGCGUGUCAAGCUCGACUGCGGCGGCUCACGAUGCGGCUACGGAGAUGACAGCUCCGACUGCUCCAGCUACACGAGCGACAGCGAGGAUGAAGACGGCGCCUACGCCCACAGCCCCUCCCGCCGCCACGGCAUGAUUGUCACUUGA